UUCUAUAUUCUCUACUUCUAAGAGACUCCCCUUUGUUCCCUGUUAUAAAUGCACAAAUUUUGUUAUUAAUUAGCAACACUCAAACCCGUCCAUCAUUCUAUUGUCCCUAUCUGCAACCCGAUUGCCAUUUUGAAGAAAAUAUCCUCCUCAUUUUGCCAGCAAAAAUGGCGCUAAUGGCGAAAAGAAUGGGACCUGUGAUCUGUCUCUUGAUCAUGGUCAUGGAUAUUGUGGCCGGUAUACUAGGCAUUGAAGCUCAAGUUGCUCAAAACAAGGAGAGGUUUAUGAGGGUGUGGAUUUUUGAGUGCAGAGAACCGAGCUAUGAAGCUUACAAGCUUGGAUUUGCAGCUUGCGUAUUACUAGCAAUAGCUCAUGUUAUAGCCAAUGUACUUGGUGGGUGUGUUUGCAUAUCGUCUAGGGAACAGUAUGUUAGAUCUUCUCCUAACAAGCAAAUAGCCGCAGCCUCCCUAGUUUUCUCUUGGAUCAUACUAUUCAUCGCCUUCCCCCUCCUUGUUCUUGCAACCGUAUCAAACUCAAGAUCGCGACAAACUUGCGGCUUCUCACACAAGAAUUUGUUUGUGAUUGGAGGGAUUUUGUGCUUCAUACAUGGAUUAUUCCUUGUUGCUUAUUAUGUUGGCGCAAGUGCAGCCAGAGCUGAAGAAGAUCGUAUAUUCAAGCAACAAAGACCUACUGGUCCCUUCCCACUUCCUGCAUAAAUAUUCCUUCCUUCCCUCCAUUUUUCUUCUUUUUUGAUAUUAUUCUCCUGUAUCAUUUCUUCAAUUUCAGAUUGAUUGUUUUGACUUUAAACAGUUGCUUAUGUAAUUGACAAUUUAUCUAUUGUAUACCAUAUCCUCCUCUAUGCGGCAGUACAUAAUUAAUGCUUCUAUUUUACA